CUUCAUGUAGCGCCGUUUUCCGAAUACAUUAGUGACGUACUGUCUGCAGCUGAGGCAGAUAUUCUGAAGUUUCAAAAUGGCAGGCGGACGAAUUGGAGCUGCGAUGUCUUCAGGGCCUGCAGUGGCAUUAACAAAGUCCUUCCUCACAAUCUUUAACUUCAUAUUCUGGCUGUCUGGUAUUGCUGUCCUGGCGCUGGGGAUAUGGACAAAGCUGCAGCUGUACAUCUACAUGGAGCUCUCCUCCGUGUACUACAAGGAGGUCCCCUAUGUCCUUAUAGGAGUCGGAGCUUUGAUUGUUCUUGUAGGCUCGUUUGGUUGCUGCUGCACCUUUAAGGGAAAUUCAGUGCUGCUCUACAUGUACUCUGGAUUCCUGGUGCUGGUGUUUGUGGUAGAGCUGAGCUCAGGCAUAGCUGGCUUUGUCUACAAGAACAGGCUGACCGGGGGUUUCAAGGAGGGCCUACAGACAGCCAUGACUGAGUACGACAGUCAUGCUGAGAAGGCGCAGGCUAUGGAUGGAAUGCAACACAAUCUGCACUGCUGCGGCAGCGACAACUAUGUGGACUGGUUCAAGACUCCCUGGGCGGACAAACAGAAGGCACUCAACCGCACAAACGCUGUGCCAAAGUCCUGCUGUAGGGUCCCAGAGGCUGAGUGCAGGUACUUCAAUCUGACCCCGACACAAACCAACCAAACACUGGAUGUUUACACUAGCGGCUGUUUCACAGAGGUGAAUGACUUCAUGCAGAAGAACAUGGCCCUGAUCGGGGGCGUCGCCCUCGGAAUCUCCUUCUUCCAGCUGAUUGGAGCCCUGCUAGCCUGUUGUCUCGCCAAGAACAUCAACAAGGCCAAGUAUGAGAUAGUGCAGUAAAGGGGGACAAUCCAUGGACAUGAGCAAGGGAGACAAUUUGUGGAGCACAAAAAGGGAGACAAUGUUGGAAGAACAACAAUGGAAAUUGAUCAAUCAAAAUCUUUAAAAAAUGUAUACAUCCAAAUUUACUUGACAUUUGUUCAUGGUUUUGUGUUUCCAUUGUUAUGUUUUACUGUUUACUGCUUUAAAGAAGAACUGUAUGACGUUGAAUGAAAAAAUGGAAAUGUAAAUACAUGUAUUUUUGUUUUAUGAUAUCCUUUUAUAAAAUAUCUAUUAUUAUACCUAUCAUAUUAUAUGAGAAUAUAUUUGUUGUAAUUGAUUUUAAUGUUUAGAAUUAAGAGAGAAAUUAAACGUUUUAGUAACACUUAGCCAAGCAGCAAACAAUUAAAGGCAUGAAUAUUCAGCGUCAUGACACAUCGAAGUGAUUGGUGGUGAUGCGCAGUAGUUAAUCUAUCAUUUCCGAACUUGCACCAAAUUGUGUAUUUAUCUUUCUUGACAAGUAAAUUUUUUUGACAUUGAUUUGUUUUACAUUUAAUGAAAAAGGAAAUUAGGUUAAAAAAAGAUGCAAACUAUCUGUUUAUAUAUGGCCCCUCUAAAAUAAGUUAAAUUUAUUGUCAAGGUAGAAAACAACACUUAUUAAAAACUUUCUUACAUAAAUAUUAUUUCCUUGUAAAAUAAUUUGUAUUAAAUUGAAUGCAUUUGUCAAACCAAUACGUAUGCAGGUAUAAGCCAACAAAAUUCUAUGUCAUGUCUUAAAAAGAAAUGAAUGAAUAUAAUGUUUAAGGAUUUUGUUUGAAAGUGCUGGAUGACAAAUUGUUCAGCAAGAACACAUUUAUUAACAUGUUCAGCCAUAUGAUUAAAAAUGCAUGAUUUUAUUGUCCCCUACGGGUGAAACUGGAGGGGACUUAUGGUUUGCGCUCUGUGCGUCAGUCUGUGAGUCUGUCAGACCGUCACACUUUUCUGGAUCCUGCGAUAACUUUAAAAGUUCUUCAUAUUUUUUCAUGAAACUUGAAACAUGGACAGAUGGCAAUAUCGAGAUUAUGUACGUCAUUUCAUUUUAUUCCUAUGUCAAGAAUUUUGGUUGCUAUGGUAACAAAUAGACAAAAAUAUUGCUGAAAAUGGUGGAUCCUGCGAUAACUUAAAAAGUUCUUGAUAUUUGUUCCUGAAACUGGAAAGAUGGAUAGAUGGCAAUAUGGAGAUUAUGCACGUCAUUUCAUUUUGUUCUUACGUCAAGAUUUAUGGUUGCUGUGGCAACAAAUAGACUAGAAAUAUUUCUGAAAAUGGUGGAGUUUCACCUGUAGGGGACUUAUAUUGCUUGGCAAUAGUCUUGUUAUAAAUGUAUUUUGUUAACUCUGUUAUAACUGUUUGUUUUGAAUUUAUAAGACAGUUAAAGGAUUUAUAUUUUAACUUUUUUUCUUUGUUAUUUGUUAUUAUUAAUAUCGUUAUUUUGUUAACUUGUAUUUGCUAAUUUUUAAUUGUUUUUGUUCAAAUACAGUUUAAUAAUGAAGAAUCUGUUUUCAUUGAAAUGGAAAUAAUCAUAGGUUAUAAUAUUAUACAUUUAACAUAAAACAUGGUUUUCACUAAUUGACAUCUUAAACCAAGACCUAUCUGGGUCAUUAUGUUUUGAUUUUUGCAUUAUUAUUAAUGAAAAACAAACUAAAAAUGUCCUUGCAUUCUAACCAAAAGCAUGGUUUGUUAAGAAUCUUAAGAAUUUAUAACAUAAAAAUUACAUAUAACGCUUUUUAUAGUGAACCGGUGGUAUGACAACCAAACCUUCCAUUGACAGACAGCGAUAUUUCAACAUUUCUGUAAGAUAAUGAUCUAAUUUGUGCUCGUUUGUUUACUCUCUUUUUUCAUUCUAGCCUUUUUUGUUAUAUAAAGAUGAUAAUUAUUAAUAUUAUAUAGAUUUUAUAUUAACUUGUUUGCAUUUUUUUCACCAAAGGUUCAUAAUUUACACAGACAGGGUGCAUUUGAAAUUAUAAUAGAUAAAUGUUGUGUUCAGAUAGAUAUAUGUUGUGUUUAUUUUUUUUUUCACUGAACAGAAGAAUAUAAAUUGUUUCACUUUAUAUUGUAUUUUUUCUUACUUAGGGAGUUUAUGGUAAUUGUUGUUUUUUUGUUGGUUGAAAAUAACCAUGACAUGUUUUUCCUUCAGAUAAUGGUGAUUUAUACUCACAUUCCAUAGAUGGUUAUUGAAAGAAUACAAAUUUUGUUAUCAAAGAUCAAUACAAAUACUCAAUCAUUAUUUUAAAAACAGCUACCAUAUUUAGUUUUUACUUUCUUUUUCAUGUCAUGUUUAUACUUGUCUUGCAAUCAAUGGCAGAUUUUGCCCUUAUAUAUUUUUUGUAUCAAAAUAGCAGCUUAUCAAAAAUAUUGUAUGUCUUUGAUAUGUUUUUUUCUUUCCUUUAACUGUUCUCUCAAAAAAAUCAAAAGAUUUACAUAUCUGGUGAGUAAUCAAUUACUGGUUUGAUAAUCUUUGUUGCAUUUUGUUAUGAUUUGUUUUUUAACAGCAACUAAAAUCAGACAUAUGUAUAUUGUUAAUGCUUUAAAACCAGUUUCAAGGCGUUGUUGAAUUACUAAAUAUCAGGAAAAAAAACAGGCAGAUCUGUCAACAAAAGCAAUUUAUGCUAUAUUUAUGCCCCCCUUCGAAGAAGAGGGGGUAUAUUGUUUUGCACAUGUCGGUCUGUUCGUUGGUCCGUCCACCAAAUGGUUUCUGGAUGAUAACUCAACAACGCUUAGGCCUAGGAUUAUGAAACUACAUAGGUACAUUGAUCAUGACUGGCAGAUGCCCCUAUUGAUUUUCAGGUCACUAGGUCAAAGGUCAAGGUCACAGUGACUCAAAAUAGUAAAAUGGUUUCCGCAUGAUAACUCAAAAAAGCUUACGCCUAGGAUCAUGAAACAUCAUAAGUACAUUGAUCAUGUGUGGCAGAUGACCCUUAUUGAUUUUCAGGUCACUAGGUCAAAGGUCAAGGUCACAGUGACUCGAAACAGUAUAAUGGUUUCCGGAUGGUAACUCGAGAAGGCUUAGGCCUAGGAUCAUGAAACUUCAUAGGUUUAUUGAUCAUGACUGGCAGAUGACCCCUAUUGAUUUUCAGGUCACUAGGUCAAAGGUCAAGGUCACAGUGACUUGAAGCAGUAUAAAGAUUUCUGGAUGAUAACUCAAGAAUGCUUAAGCUUGGGAUCAGGAAAGUUCAUUGGGACAUUGGUCAUGACUGACAGAUGACCCCAAUUGAUUUUAAGUACUCUAGGUCAAAGGUCAAGGUCACAGUGACUUGAAACAGUAAAAUGGUUUCUGGUUGAUAACUCACAAAUGCAUUGGUUUAGGAUCAGGAAAGUUCAUGGGGACAUUGGUCAUGACCGACAGAUGACCCCUAUUGAUUUUCAGGACUCUAGGUCAAAGUUUAAGGUCACAGUGAUCUGAAGCCACUACAAAUGACAGCCCAUUUGGGGGGCAUGCAUGUUAUACAAACAGCCCUUGUUUAAUAUUAUCUAACACAUUUCUGAAAUGUAUCUUAAACGUUUGUUUUGCUUAUUCUUAUUACAUGUGUCUGCAUUUGCUAAUCGAAAUAGUGUUAUUGGUUCUCAAACAGUGUGUUACCAGAGAGGACUUAAGGGUUACUUUUUAUGCUAUGCCACCUGCUGUGAAACUGCAAAAUUGAAUUCUGAAAUCAACUAUAAAGAUACUUUGAUGAAGCUCGGUAAAUUUAUCAACUGCAAAGUAAUUAAGUUAUUCUCAAAAUCUGGUAGUCCAUUAUGGCAACUAGCUUUUCAGAAAGCUUCAUUGACAUUGAUUACUAUACCAAUUACCCACCGACUUCCAUACCACCAUCCUGCUGCAUAGGAAUGGCUUUCUAAUAAAAGUUUUGAAUACAUUUUUCAUGUAAUGAAAAUACCCCAUUUAUGUGUUUACCUAUUUUGAAGUAUUAUGUACCAUGUUUUUUGUUCACUGAGAUAAAGCAAAUGUCAUGUUACUGUUACUUGAAAUAGAACAAACCUUAAUAUUUUCAUAUCACGAAACAAGUGUUUAUGAAAGGUAUUAUAAUGAAAUUUGUAUACACACAGCUCUAUAGGUUUACCCUUUAUUCGUUUGUCAAUCCCUCAAACUUUUCAUCAGUCAACAAAAACUUCCAAAGGAACCUAAAAUAUGAUUGUCAAGCUUGUAUGCAAAUUCGGUGCAAUGGAUUAUGUAUUAUCUUUAACCCUUUACCACUUAGAUUCUUAUUAUUACAAAUGUGUAGUCCCAAAUUAAGUUAAAUCAAAUUUAAGACCGUUCUUACUAGAUUUAAGUUUUAAAGGCUUCAUUUCCAAUCCUCCGAUACUGAUAUGCAGCAAACAGCAUAAAACCGGAACAGACUGCAAGUUACUUGCAGGGGCUGUUCUGGUUUUAUGCUGUUGGCACACAGCCAUUUUCACUUGUCUUCUGUGUGGGAAAGGGUUAAUAAUUAUAUCCAGAGGUCAAUAGUCAAGCAAAUGUUACUUAAAUAUUAUAACACUAUAUACUGCAAUAACUCAAAAAGUAUACAACAUAAUUAUGAUCAUUGAACUUUUAAUACUCUUGAAAGGCAUUGUGAUGCAUAAUCAUUUUCCACCUAAUGUUAAACAUGUCAGGAAUGAUAAAAAUAAAUAAAAAUAAUCUAACAAUACUGCUUUGACAAAUGGACAUUCGAUGAUGGAUUGUUACAUAUUUACAUAUAACAUGCAAUACAGAGGUAAUACUCAAUUGUUAAUUGAAAGGUGUUUUAGCCCGUAGGGAACUUCUGUAUCGCUUGCAACAUGUCAGACUUGCUUCAGUACUUUUUAUUUAUACUUAAAAGUUUUGUCUUAUAUUUUAACUUAAAAGUUUAAUAAGUAUUGUUCGUAAAUGAAUUGUUGUUUUGCAAUGUUUUGUUUUUGAAACAAUUUAAAAAAUAGUACAACAAAACUUUUAUUUCCUUUUUUUUUUUUUUUACUUGUGUCAUUUUAUAAGUUUGAAGAUUUCACUUUCGAGUAAAAAUCUUUUACAGUCCUGAACAGAAGCUUUCUGUAAUUUCAAUAAUAAAUGUGACAUGUAAGCAGCAGUGUGAAAGUUAGAUGUGCUUUGUAUUGUUGUUUUAUAAAUAAUUGUUCAAUGUUACUUUUACAGUUUAUCUCGUUUUCUAUUCUGUGCAGUAUUACUCCUGGCAAUCGCAAAAUGAAUUCCAAUUUACAUUAUUGUAUAUUUGUUUUCUGUUAUUAUAUCUAUAUGGUGUUUGGCUUUGACUGUGAUCAUUUAUCGAAUCUCUUGCAUAUAAAUAUAGAUGUAGUUAUUUGUUAUUCUCAAUAAAUUUAUCUUCUGCA